AUGCACUCCCAAAGCAUCAUCGUCGCCACCUUCAUGGCCAUGGCCGCCGGUGUUCUCGCAUCACCACUCUCAGUCAAUGGUGACCUCAAAGUCAUGUCUCGAGGCGUACACGAUCUCGGGGACAGCGCCCACUGCUUGAAGUGCGAGUUCAUCGAUACCGACCCUGACUGCUCAGACUGUCCCGGCUACCCUUGGAAUCACAACCCUGACCACGACAAGCGGGAUUCAGCAUGCGAGUUCACCAUCACGGCAUACACUGCCUCUGCCGGUCUCCAGCAGGUUCAACAACUCGGCGAUGGCCAGAACCGUAUUGGCCAGACCAACAUCCCGCUCGGCUACUACCACCUCGUCAACGGCGGCCUCAUCGACUCCCACAACCGUGGCUGCAUCCUCACUCCCCCAACCACUCAGUGGCAAUGUGAUGAGGGUGCCACCCCGACAUAUGGUUUCGACCUCACCUGCAACGGGACAUUGACCUACGAGGGUGACAGCACCUUUUACUCCUGUCCCACCGGAGACCACGACGGCUGGAAUCUGUACUCCAAGACCCUCAUCGGCCAAGAGAAGUGUGUUCCAGUAUGGCUCAGGGCCGACUCCUGCUUCACUGGCUGCGCAACCAGCACACCCACGAAGGCCAGCCCCGUCGCCACCACGUCCUCCAAGGCCAGCCCAAAGUCGACCUCAUGGAAGACCGCUUCCACGACGUGCACCAGCUCCAAGCAUCCCACCAGCAGCAGCCGCACAUCCACCUCAACUGCCCCUGUCUGGAAGCCGGUCACCAUGACAUCCACCUCAUGCUCCACGGCCACUAUCACCCCGUCGACCUCCAGCAAGUGCACGACUUCGUCCAAGACAUCAAGCUGCACCAAGUCGACCCCAACCACGUCCUCGUGCACCACAUCAAGCAAGAAGUGGUCCUCCAGCUGCACCACCUCCGCUCCAGCUGAGGUCACCAAGACCGUCUUCGACGCCGGUGCCGAUGCCACGGCUGACGCCAACGCCAGUGCCACCUGGACCUGGGACUGGUAG